AUGUUCUAUUAAAUACUUAUUGGAUUGUUUACAACUACUUGUGGAUCAAAUUUUUAUGAAUUAUAUGAAGAGAAUUUUGUAAAUGAUAAUUUUGUAGAUAGUGAAGGUAUUUUUAAUAUCUAAUGUUAGGAUGGAAUGUAAAUAAUGUAAUCCAAAGUGUAGGUUAAUGCAACGGUAUAAAAUUGUUUGGAGGUUAUCAGGUAUUUGGUAAAAACACAAUAAUUACAAAACUAAUAUCUCCACCUCCGCAUUAUGCAAUUAUGAUUACAUUAGAAUUCUGGAAGUAAUAUUUAUACAAACAUAUAGAAUAGAUAAUUGGGAUAAUGAAUAAUUUUAUAUUUAUGUCGAUUAGAAUCUAAUAUUUUCACAGAUAUAUGGAGAGUCAAAUACAAAUUCAAACUUAUGUGGAGAUAAUUCGAAUGAAGAAGUUUAGUAAAUCAGUAUAACAAAAAAUCACAAUUAUAAAACACUUUUUAUAUUAAUGAAAUCAAAUUUAUAAGGAAUGAUAGAUGUAAGAAUAUCAUUUAUGAAAGGAAUGGUGGGGAAUCAGAAAUUUUAAAUUAUAUUAUUACCCAUGUCCACCUGGAUGUCAAACUUGUACAUCAGAAGAUUAAGCUAUUGAUUGUCUUAUUUGGAUUGUCUAAUAUCAAAGUUUAUUAGAUGUAUUAUAUAGUUAAUUUUAAAUGGAUGGAUGGAUGAUUUUGGAAGGAAUUUAAACUAAAACUAGUUGUUCUAGUGCUUUUAUUAUUUAUUAUUAUAGUUCUUCCUCUUUUGGGAGGAUUUUCUAAAACUGGAAAAAAAAGCAAAAUUAUAAAAUCAAUAAUUUUACCAGUUCAUUGUUUUGUUAAAAUUAAAUUUAGUUUUGUUUUCAUUGAUAAAUGGGAAAAUGAAUAUGCUUAAUUAUAUAUAGAUGAUUAAUUAAUAUGGUUUUAUUCCCAUAAAUCAGUUGCAGAAGAAAUAACGAUUUGUGGUGGUAGUUUUGGUGAGAAAAUAUUAAAUUAAGAGAUUAUUUUGCCUCAUAAAUAAUAAUUUUUACAAAUGUAAUUUACAACUACAUUAAAAAAUUUACCUUCCUAAUAAUCAUUCGGUAUAAGAGAUAUUUAAAUAUUUAUAAGUAAAUUUAUUAAUAAUUUAAGAUCGUCCAUUUGGUUUUCCUUUUGAUUUUACUUGUGAAGGUAUAUGUGGAAAUGGAGAAAUAGAUAGAUCUGAACAAUGUGAUGAUGGAAAUAUGUAACCAUUUGAUGGAUGCUUUAAUUGUCAAUAUUCAUGUGUUGAAGGUUGUUCUAAUUGUAUUAAGGAAAUUUGUUAUGAAUGCUAAGAAGGAUGGACAUUUGAUGAAUUUACAUGUACUGAAGAUUUCUUUAUAAAUAAUUAAAAUUAAUAUGAUAAUGAAUUGUAGUAAUAAUGUUUAGAUAAUUGUAAAUUAUGUAUCUAUGAUGUAUGUAAUGAAUGUGAUAUAGGAUAUUAUCUAAUCAAUAAUCAAUGUAAAACAAUUUGUGGAGAUGGAAUAAUUGCUGGAGAUGAAAUGUGUGAAUUAGAAUAAUAAGAAUGUUUAAAUUGUUAAUUGAAUUGCACAAAGAAUUGUGAUGUUUGUAUUAAAGGUGAAUGUCAUUAAUGUAUAAUUGGAUAUACAUUUGAUUAUAUUGAAUAAUAUUGUUAACCUAUUUGUGGAAAUGGUGUUGUAUCUAAUGAUGAAGAAUGUGAUGAUUUUAAUAAAGAAAAUGGUGAUGGAUGUUCUAGUUAAUGUAAAAUUGAAUAGAAUUAUAUUUGUAAGAAUUAUUAAUACUCAUUUUCUGAAUGUAGUUAUGAAAAAUAUCCUUCAUUCUAACUUUCAUUAAUUAGUACAUAUCAUGAAUAUUAAUAUGUAUCGAUUUAUUUUGAUUAAAUUGUUAAAACAAUUAGUUAGACUGCUUUUUCUACAAUGAUACGUAUGCGUUUAAUAGGACCAAAUGAAAUAUUUUAUGAUUUACAUUUAAUUCCUAUUUAAGAACCUUUUGAAUUAGUUUCAGCUGCAGAAUACUUAGUGAAAAUUGUAAUAAACACUACUCUAUCAUAACCACCAAUUUUAGAAGUAAUUCUAGAGGAUUAACUAUUUAAUUAUCAUGAUGCUCCACUUGCUAAUUAAAUAAAUUAAAUAAAACUUAAUCUUCCAUAAUACCUUAAUGAUGAAUAAAAAUAGAAUGCCAUUUACCUCUAAAAAGUAGCUAAAUACACAAUGAUUUCAAUGGGAGGCUCAGUGAUACUCAUAUUGAUAAUUUGUGGCUAAUUAUUAAUUCAAGAAAUACUUGAAAUACUUCAAUAAUAAUCCUACCUUAGAUUUAUUAAUGUAAUUUUUCCUCUUAAUUUAUUUGUUUACUUUGAAUCAAGUAAUUUGAUAUCUAUGCAACCUAUUUUGGAUAUAGUUAAAAUUGAUUAAGUAUUAACAUAAUUUAUGAAUGAUUAAUAUUUGGAAUCUUAAGGGAAAUUAUUAUACUAUGAAGUAAAUGCAGAUAUUUUAACAAAUAUAUAAACUUAAGUUUUCUUAAUUAUUGUACUUCUGAUUACUUAUUCUUCAAAUUAUUUAGUCAUAAAACUUUUAAGGAAAUUGAAUAAUUAACAGAUGUUUUAUUUUGGUCCAAAAUUUGCAAAAUUAAUAAUGAAAACUUUGAAGUCUUUGUAUAAACAAAACAAAAACUUUGAAAGUUAAGUAUUAUAAGAUUUUCUAAACACAAAUAGUUGGGAUCUUCUUUUUAUGUCCUUUCUAUAAAUAUAGUCAAUAUCCAACAACAUUGUUUCCAAAUUAAUUGCAUAUUUCAUUUUGUAUAUAAUCCUCUUUAUUUCAUCUAAAAUGUUUACAAGAAUAAGCUAUCCAUUUAUAAGGAAUUAAAAAUAAUUAUGGAUUUCAAAAUCAAAUUAAAUCAAACUAUUAAAAAAAGUUUUAUUCAUAAGCAUAUUAGUAAUGUUACAAUAAAAUUAAAAAUUACAAAUUAUGUUAUUAACUCUAGUUUCCUCAUUCUAUUUAAUUUAUCUUUUCAUUAUUAAACCUUUUAAGAACACCCUAGACUUCAUUAAUACUAUGGUACUGGAAAUUACCUCAUUUAUAUUUUGUUCUUCAUCAGCCUUAUAUUGGAAUGUUUUUAAAGAUAAAUUGAAUUAUAACAUUUAAAUUUAAUUUGCAUGGUUUCAAAUUGGAAUGCUAUUGUCAUGCUUAUUUGUAAAUUUAGUUUUAUAAUUAUGCAUUUUAUGCGUAGAAAUGAAAAAGAAUAUAGUGAAAAGGUUUUAUGAAUAAAAUCCUUAAUAAAAUCAAUAGCCAAUUAAAACAAAUCCAUUUUUAAAUCCUUGA